AUGGUGAGUUUGGCACCGGGAGUAAAGCAUCUCCAAAGAUUUCUGCCACCGCUUAACUCGAAAACUGGUCGCGUGCAUAUAUUUUUCUUCACUUUGGUGAUAUACUCGUGCUAUCACUUAUCCCGAAAACCGAUUAGUAUUGUAAAGUCAGUACUUCAUCAGAAUUGUUCUGAAGAAGCCCACAAAGAGGGGAAAAUCAUAGAUCCUGGAAACGAAACAUUCUGUGACUGGGCCCCUUUUGAUGGUCAAAAUUAUGAUUCCCUUUUUGGGACACUUGAUCUGAUUUUCCUCUCCUUUUACGCCGUUAGUAUGUUCUUAAGUGGACAUGUUGCCGAUAAAAUUGACCUUAGAAUUUACCUAUGCAUUGGUACUCUUCUUUCUGGUGUGACGACAAUAGCCUUUGGUCUUGGAUACUUUUUCAAUGUUCACUCGUUUGCUUACUAUGCAGUUACUCAGGGUGUUGCUGGAAUAGUUCAAGCAUCCGGUUGGCCGGCAGUUGUAGCUUGUAUGGGGAAUUGGUUUGGUAAAAAUAAGAGAGGAUUUUUUAUGGGAGUUUGGACAGCGCAUUCUAGCAUUGGAAACAUUUUGGGCUCCUUAGUUGCUGGUGCCUUUGUAGAAAUAGCUUGGGGAUGGUCAUUUGUUAUUCCAGGAUUAAUAAUUGGACUUCUCAGCUUACCAAUUUAUCUGUUUCUUGUACCGUAUCCUGAAUGUGUUGAAGUUCAACUUCCUGUCCAGCAUAACGCAAGUGAUUAUGGUUCCAUUAACCAACAAAUCAGAGAUGGAAACUCGUUUGAAGAAUCGCUUGGGACAACUAGUUCACAAUGUAAUCUUUUAAUACCAACAAAAAAGAACUCUUCAUCAUUUCUGUCUGCACUAAAAGUACCUGGUGUUAUUGAAUAUUCAUUGACUUUAUUCUUCUCUAAGCUAGUUUCUUAUACUUUCCUAUUUUGGUUACCUAUGUAUAUACGUGAAGCAGGCGGUUUCGACCCAUCAUCAUCAGCUGAUUUAUCAGCUGUUUUUGAUUUAGGUGGAAUACUCGGUGGAAUUAUCGCUGGUUAUGUAUCCGAUUGUACUGGAUCAAGUGCUAUUACAUGUGUUGUAAUGAUUGCUUUGUCGAUACCUACGUUGUAUCUAUACUCAGUCGUUGGAUUUCGUUCUUUAGCUCAUUGUAUCGGUUUAUUAAUCCCAUUGGGAUUGUUUGUUAAUGGUCCUUACGCUUUGAUUACAACAGCAGUUUCAGCUGAUCUAGGUACUCAUCCUUCAUUGUCUAAAAAUUCUCGUGCAUUGGCUACAGUAACAGGUAUUAUUGAUGGAACAGGUUCAGUUGGUGCAGCACUCGGACCUUUACUGUGUGGUCUCAUGAAACCAUAUGGUUGGUCUGUCAUUAUUAUUAUGCUUAUGGUCGCGUUAGCUCUGGCUGCAGUCUUGCUUUUCCGUAUGGUAGCCAAUGAAAGUCGUCAAUGUUGUUUCAGUGUUGAACAAUCAUUAUUACCAUCAUCUUCAUCACUGUCGAAUGCGGCUGAUGCUUAA